AUGUCGGCUUCCGUCGCCCCUUCUACACCGGUGCCGGUGCCGACGACGGCACCACCACAAGACAACAACAACAACAGGGAAUGGCUAUUACCCAUGCCCAUCAAUGACACUGCCGAUUCCUUCGCUCGUGAUCUCAUUGACCAAUUCGACAAACGACAUUCGCAGCUUCGAGAAGAGCUCGUCAACGUGCAAGUUUCGCAACCUAGGAACAACAGCAGCGUUGUUACUGAUGGCAGCACUCAUAGAAGCAGCCGACAAAGUAGCAUUGGCAGCAUUGGAAGUAGCAACACGAGUCACCAUAACAACACUACAUCAGCAGCAGCAGCAGCAGCACAUUAUCGUGGCAAUAGUAAUGGCAAAACCCUGAUUGUCCCACCACCUCAUCAGCAACAACAUCCCCUACAACAACAUCAAUCUCGCUCAUUAACAACUACAAAGACGCCGAUCCGUAGCCGUUCUGCUGGUGAUCUACUUCGACAAUCAUCAGCUUAUCUUCGUGCCAAGUUUAAGGCGGUUCUUGCUGAUCAUGAAAGUGACGACGAUGAUGAUGAUGACGAUGAUGAUGAUGAUGAUCCAAUCGACACUCCUGAUAUUGUACAUUGGCCAAUACCACCACCUUCGCCCAAUCCUUAUCCCCCUUCCAAGAUCGCCAUCAACACGACAAUCUCUAUCCCUCGUCGACCACCCGUGCAUUAUGCAAUGAUUCAGCCCCCUGUCAUCACACAAUAUCCUCCCAAACCACUUAAAUACUCACCUGUGGAACCGAUUGAUGAGGGAUUAGUAGCCGACCACCCUACCACAACCACAACAGCAUCAUCAAAUACCCGAGAGCAGCAACAGCAGCAGCAGGAGCAGCAGCACCAUGACCAAGCGAUAGACAACAACAGCAACAGGGAACACGUUAUAGAGGAGAAAAGCGGGACAAGGAGUAGGAGGAGGAGAAAGAUAUGGAAUCGUGGAUUGGAACAUAAUAAUAACAGUGAGGACGACCCUCCACAACAACAACAACAAAGAAAUGCCUUGCUUCAUCGGAUCUCACUCCCGGUUUUGACUCGUGCUACAUUUCACCAAGAACGCUUGUCCCACAACAAUCCAGUCGGUAAACGAAAAUGGUUCUUUUGUCGUCCUUGGAAACGAUCAAGAAAAGGCAAGGAGCGUGCAUAA